GACCCGGGAUCACUGGAAGCGUCGGAGGAGGAAGAGAAAGAGGAGUUGGAAUGUCCUUAUCCCAAGUGUGAUCAAAGUUUCGAUAGUAAACACCUUUUAAUUAAGCAUUUGAGGGAGUGCUAUAGAAAAUACCACAAAAAUGUCAGUAAGAACAAGUAG